GGAUUUGGACACGAUGUAGGGCUCCUGAUUCCUAAGCCCUGCAUGCUCAUGCUCAUGCGUGUUCUCCUGGAGAAAAGAGCUUGUGUGCUAAAAAACAAUGGCUCUUUUCAGAGCUUAGAGAUGAUUGCUGCCUUGCCAUUGUUGCCUAGUGCAUCUGCACUGUUAAUCUAAUCAGGAUGGCUUUGGCAUUUGCCUUCCACAAAAGUGCAAGUGGUUUAAGCGUUGGGUUAUUAUUACUACUACUCAACAAGACCAACCGUGUCCCCGUGAUGGCUACUUCAGUUGAUGCUGCUCUACGACCUUGCAAUCACGAGGGCAGGCUUAAUGCUGUUAUAAUAUUCAGGUUACUGGAGGGUAUCCAGCAUGCCCAAAGGGCCUUGGAGGGCCCUGUGAACAGUAAUAAUGCAAGAGAAAUGUACCCAUCCUUUAUGAGGCAGACAUGCAUUGUCAUUGGGGGAACACUACUACAGCAGGGUGAGACUCUUGAGAGGAAGAAGAGGACUGCUCAUCCAUGGCUGGCUGGUAACUGGUGAGCAUUUUGGAAGUUGAAGGAGCUGGCAAGAGUUAAUGGCCAGAGUGUAAGGCAUCACAUGAAGAAGAGGAGGAUCAAGAAUUCAAGAUCAAAUGGGGGGACUGAGUCCAAGAUAAGGGCUUGUGAUUUGCCAAUUGGUAGUACUAUAAAGCCUCUCCUCCCUCACAAGGGAAGAGGCACAAUGGUCUGUCCUCCUUGCCCCCUCUCUCCAUGCAGUCAAUGAUGAUCCAAUUGAAAUCCAUUUGUUUGUGUCUAUGUGUGUGUGUGUGUGGUGUUGAUGGAAGCUGCUCCUGGCUCACACUAGGGUUGUCUAGGAGGAGGUAUCAAGGAGUGAGUGGCAAGUUUGGUGAAGGACUUUAGGGCUUUUGCUAGCCAUGCAUGAUCUCAUGAAUGAUUCAUCAAUGAAAGGAAAGCCCUUGUUAUCUGAAAAUCUCUGUGAGUGGCUGGUGUUGAUAAUGGCAAGUCUGGAAACUGAAACAUUGUCCAUGCCCACAAGCUGUGGUCACACCAUCACACCCUGUACAGCCAGAGUUUUCUUCUGAAAGAAA